AUGAUCGUGGAAGGUGAAUGCAGCACCUGCAAGCUGCAGGACAACAACAUCAGUAGUUUCGAGAACUUUACAGAGACAUGUCGUGACCAAUUACGUAAAGACAAGAAUCAAUUACAGGCAGCAGAAAACAUUAUGAUGAGUGUGAAAGAGGGUGUUCAAACCAGUGAAGAAUGGUAUUUGGACUUCGGUUUCUCAAUGCAUAUGACGAGGAGGAAGGAGUGGUUUGUCAAAAUCCAUCAAGCCAUGAAGAAUAAAGUGAAAUUUGCAGAUGACACCACUUUUACGGCCGAUGGUACCGGUGAUGUUUUGAUCAUGAAGAGGGAUGGUGGACAUUCCUUGAUCAAAGAUGUAUUGCAAAUUUCUAGAAUCAAAUUCUCAUGGCGUUUGAAGAAGAAACCUUCGGCUUGUGAAGACGAGUAUAUUGCCGCUUCGUUAUAUGGUGCCAAGCCAUGUGGAUAA